CGAUAUUACCCCGGAUAGACGGUUGUGACAGCAACGCGGUGCCCGCCAAACGCUCUGCAAGUUGUGUCUGGAUUUGUGCUGUGCAUCGAGGCUCGUUCGCAUUGUCGGAAGGAUACCCACCUUUUCAAAAUGGGUAGCAAGUUAGUUUAUAUCGGAUGUUGUAUCGCGCUCUUAGCCGUGGUUGGUUUAGCGUACCAAUGCAACGAAGCCAAUGAUCAUCCGCUUUGCCGAACGCUGGUUUUGGAAGAGGUGUGCAACGGAAAUCUGUCCUCCUUCGGCAACCGACGCUGCCCCUUCCUUUGUGAUCAGUGUUCUAACAAUACGAAUGCCGACGGUACCACACCCACCCCUGUCACAGGAGCUUUCGGUGGCCGUAUAUGUUCGGACGACUGGGACUGCCAAGAUAUCGGGCAGAUUGCCUGCAGGGAUCCACUGGCAAACGAUUUCGGGUUCAAAAGCUGCGGCGUAAUGUGCGAGUUCUGCGAUGAAGGCACCCUCACGACCGAAGCCCCUACAACUACCACUACCACGGCUGAGAUUACUACACCAAACACGUACCGAUGCGUAGAAGCGAACGAUCAUCCGCUAUGCCGAACGCUGGUCUUUGAAGAUGUAUGCCGUGGCAACCUGUCCUCCUUCGGCAACCACCGCUGCCCAUUCCUUUGUGAACAAUGUUCCAACAACGACACUGAUAUCAACGGCACCGCCCAUUCCCAAGUCACAGGAGAGUUCGGUGGCCGUAUAUGUUCGGAUGACUGGGAUUGCCGGGAGAUCGGGCAGAUUGCCUGCAGGGAUCCACUUGCAAAAGAUUUCGGGUUCAAAAGCUGCGGCGUAAUGUGCGAGUUCUGCGAUGAAGGCACCCUCACGACCGAAGCCCCUACAACUACCACUACCACGGCUGAGAUUACUACACCAAACAAUGGAACAUGUAAAACGGAUGAUGACCCUAUUUGCGAAAAGUUAGGCCCUGAUGUUUGUGAAGGGGGGAAUUAUUCAGCGUUUGGAGUGCUAAAAUGUCCAUUUCAUUGUGAACAGUGCACACGCAACGGUUCUAUCACGACGGAAACAAACACCACACUCACUCACUUCAACACUGUUGUUUUCAACGGGCGCGAGUGCUUUGACGAUACAUUGGAGUGCAAGGAUAUCGGUCACAUGGUUUGUGAGCCGCCGCUUGAAGAGUUCGGGCGGCUACACUGCCAGGUCUAUUGCGAGUUCUGCUUUGAAAACGGCACCGAGACACCCGCACCUGUCACCAACACUCCUGUGAUGACAACAACAACUGCUGAAAAACAAACGACAACCACCGCCGCGAUAACUACAGCUGAGCGGGUCACUACCACACAAGAACCAACAACGACAGCAGCUGCAAUAACAACAACAACUACUGGUGCAAAGACGACAGCCGGUCAGGAUACCACCACACAGGAACCACCAACGACAACAGCUUCAAUGACAACGACUACUACGGCAAAGACGACAGCUGUCGCUUCCAAAGAAACAAUGCCGACAAGUUCUGUUCAACCGUCACCUUCAGUGGCGGUUCCAGCAGAAUGCGUCGACGAUCCUUUAUGUCGUGUUAUUGGUAUGUCAGUGUGUGAGCCACCCCUACUUGAUUUCUCUAGGACCAAGUGCCGCAGCUUUUGCGAGUUCUGCUACAACACUUCUGUUCCCAUGGUUCCGCAAAAAAUAACAACAACUCAGAAACCAACAGCCACGCCCGAAAUCCCAGAUCCAAUGUUUUUCGAGAACUGCAAUACGACUGCCGAGCUUGUAUUCAUACUCGACUCAUCAAGCAGUGUUGGUGACGCUAACUUCGAACAGAUGCGAGAAUUUGCUCAAAAUGUCACCCGACGUCUAAAGACAGAAUAUUUAAGUUUGAAUGUCACUGUGGUCACUUUCAGUAACACAGCUAGGGUCGCAUUGAAGCUGUCAGAAACAGCAGAUUUAAACACGAUAUUAGCUCAAGAAGGAAACGUAACCUACGGUCAUGGUGGCACGAAUACUCAUUUAGCCUUAGACCUUAUGAUGGCUCAAUUCAACAAAGAUGUCAACAAUCCUAAAGUCGCGAUUUUAAUCACUGAUGGUUCAUCAUUCGACCAAGCUCGUACUGAACAAGCGGCUUAUAAUGCAAAACGAGAUGGCGUGGUUCUGUUUGUUAUUGGAAUUGGAGAAGAUGUAAAUCAAAAUGAGAUCAAGCAAAUCAGUAGCGACCCGAACGAAAAGUAUAUGUUCCAAGUGACCAACUUUGCUGCACUACAGGCAAUUAACGAUCAAUUUCAUGCAAGGAAAUGUAUAGUACCAACGGACAAUACAACCACAACAACGGAACUUCCAUCAACGACGACGACACCUGCACCAACGACUACAGUGACACAGGCACCAACAGAAACACAGGCGCCACAAACGGAAACGACAGUUACUGUUGCUACUUUAACGGUAGCAUCUAAAACUCCAGCAACUGAAACACCACCCCCUGUCCAAACCACUUUAACAGAAAUGACGCUACCGACAUCAAUUAAGCCAGGUUCUAUCGGCACAGGUGGCCCUGUAUUGAGUUCGUCAACAGCAAAGCCAUCAUCGGUAAGCCAAGUAUCUCCUGUAACAGUUACUCAACAGACUGAGUCAACAGUUUCACCAGUAGUAUUGACUGGUUCACCUUCAAUGCCUUCAAAGUCCCCUUCACCUGUAGAAACACAGGCGCCUACAACGACAACGGGGGCGACAGUUACUGUUGCUACUGUAACGGUAGCAUCUGAAACUCCAGCAACUGAAACACCACCCUCUGUCCAAACCAGUUCAACAGAAAUGACGCUACCGCCAUCAAUUAAGCCAGGUUCUAUCGGCACAGGUGGGCCUGUAUUGAGUUCGUCAACACCAAAGCCAUCGUCAGUUAGCCAAGUAUCUCCUAUUACCUCCGUUACUCAACAGACCGAGUCAACAGUUUCACCAGUAGUAUUGACUGGUUCACCUUCAAUGCCUUCAAAGUCUCCUGCACCUGUAGUAACAACAACAACGGUAGUUCAAACGUCAGCCCAAUCGACUCAAGCACCAACAACUACAACAACGGCACCAAUAACUCAAGAGCCAACAACUUCAACUGCAGUACCCGCAACGACAUCACAAGCAUCAACAACAACGACAAUAAAAAAUACACAAUCAGCAAUAUCUACAACAGUGGAACCAACUAUAAUCACAAACGCAAUAACAAACACUGCACCGUCCCAAUCAGCAACAACAUCUACUAUAAAAGUCUCGAAUACUCGAGCGUCAACAACUACUACAGCUGCUCCAUCUCCUUCAACAGAAGCACCAACAACAACUAAAGCCGCUACUCCAUCUACCAAAGCACCGACGACGACAAUGGCACAGACACCUUCAACUGAAGCGGCAACAAUCACUGUAGCCACAACUCCAUCCACACAAACUUCGACAACAACAACUGCAGCGCCUACACCUUCUACACAAGCUCAAACUACAACAGAGGAAAUAUCACCACAAACUACCACGACAGCGGCGUCAAUUUCUUCAACAAUGGCGCCAUCAACGACUGAGGAAAUAACGUCGCCAUCGGCUGUAAUGACAACAUUAACGACAGGAACCAAACCAACUACAGAAAAGACACAAUCUACAGCGCCUCAAACCAAUACCAAACCACAGACACUUACUACUACUUCUUCCCCUGUCACCACCACCACAACGGCGACCACCGCUGCAUCAUCUCCUAAAUCUUCUGUAGCGUCAACAACCACUUUAGCCACACCUCCAUCCACACAAGCUUCGACAACAACCACUGCCUCACCUUCACCUUCAACACAAGCUCCAACUACAUCGGAGGUAAAUACUCCACCAACUCAGCCGUUCUCUCCAUCUACACAAUCCCCAGCUACCUCGACAACUGAAAAAAUAAUAUAUUCUCCAACAUCAUCAAGUUCAACGACGGUAGCUCCACCAACAGUGUCGCAAAACACUCCCGAGCCACAGACAUCUACUUCUUCCGCUAUAGUCACGACUGCUACAACGGCGGCCACCACUGCGCCAUCCACUAAAGCUCCUGUGACGCCAGUCGCUUCCACAACAACAACUGCUGCCACAACAAGAGCUCCUAUGACCACUGUUUCCCCAGUUACCACCACCUCGACGGAAACCACUAUUGCGCAAUCUACUAAAGUUCCUGUGACGACAGUCGCCUCGACAACAACUGUAGGCAGUUCUAAGACUCCUAUUUCCACUGCCGCCCCAGUCACCACAGCUACGACGGCAGCCACUAGUCCGCCAUCAACAGAAUUGCCUGUGACGACAGUCGCUUCGCCAGCCACCACUGCAGCCACAACGAAGGCUCCAAUCUCCACUGCCGCACCCACAUCAUCAUCUACGGCUACUCCUGUUUCAACUAACACACCUGGACCCACCUCUCCGACUAAGCCACAGAGCAUGACAACUGCAUCGUGCAUUUCCAAAGUCGCUGAUGUCGUAUUCGUGGUUGACGCUUCGGGAAGUAUCGGUCUUGAUGACUUCGAUAAAACAAAGCAGUUUAUCAGGUCAAUUGUACAGACGUUCGACAUCGACCCGCUUUACACUCAGGUGGCUCUGAUCGAAUACAGUACUAGUGCUCGAAUUGAAUGGAAACUUGGAGAGAAAAACAACAUGACAGAGUUACUCGAGGCUAUUGAUAACAUUAACUAUUCUGGAGGAGGAACAUCGACUUCUGAGGCUUUAGAGCUAAUGCGAGGAGAAGGCUUUGACGGAGAGCGACCGGGUGCCCCAGACAUAGCCAUCGUUAUCACCGAUGGUUUGUCGAAGUACCCAAUGUUGACAAAGUUCCAGGCCGACCGCGCAAAGAAUGAGAGCAUAUCAAUGUUUUCCAUCGGUAUUGGUAACCAGACUGAUGAAACAGAGCUGUUAGCGAUCGCGAGUAGCAACCAGUUCCGGUUCCAAGUUGGAGAUUAUUCUACGUUGUUGAAACUUGACCAGACCAUUGCGCAUAUGGCUUGUGGGGUCAUCCUCUCCACAAAACAUUACAUCCGCACAACGACGCCGACAAUUACAAUUCCUGCCGGUUGCGUGGACCUCAGUACGGAGUGUGACUCCUACCCCCGCGACUCCUGCACCGAUUAUGAGCCGUAUGCACGAAAAAACUGUGCUAAAACAUGUGGCUUCUGUGAAGGUGUUAUUGUGACUGCGCGCCCAUGCGAGGACAAGCUGAAUAACUGCAUGUCGUACGGCACGGAUAUGUGUUUCUCCAAGAACCAAUACGACUGGGUCGAUGCAAACUGCCGACAUUUCUGCGGAUUUUGUGGAGACAAAACGAACAUACCAGUUACCACAGUUGCACCAAUAUCGACAACAACGACAGAGCCCCCGUGUGUGGAUCGUUUGCCUAACUGUGGCGAUUACGACGCGGACACAUGCACCAAUUCAGCUUAUCGAGGCUUUGCUGAGAAAAACUGCCGCAAGUUCUGUGGAUUUUGCUACAUCUACCAUACCGCCAAGCCGACACUCGUCAACGGCCAUAAAUGUCCGGCGUGGAAAUUGCCUGAGGAAUGUACCCUGGAAAACAAGGCCGGCCAAUGUUGCCCGACUCCAAAAUGUGCCUCUGGUUUUAAACUCACUGUUCAAAGAAACAUUUAGUCAGUUUUUACCAAUUGUUCUCUAUGUCAUCAACAAAACAUAGGGAUGUUUGUAGAUUGUUAUAACUUGUGUGCCGGUGGAAAGUAUGCUGAAAUGCUGAUCGAAAAUGUAUGUGUGCGACAUUAUUAUUCUUCAUAUGGAACACACAUUUAGAUCUGGUAAUAGGCAAAAUUCAGCCAGAAAUAAACUGUAUCUUUUAUUGAUAUAUUUGUUUAAAUUGUUAUGUAUAACCAAUUUCAUGUACAGUGUAUUUACCAUUCGGAAAUAGUAAUAAAUGUUAGAAUGAUGUGCUAACUGUGAUAUCAUAAAGGGUUUGUAUACUUUCUGUAAUAA